GUUGCGAGUUUCGAUAUUGAGAUAUCUGACUCGGAGUCUGAAUCUGAGUCAAGUGUAGAAGGGGGAGUGGUGCAGGACAAGGAUGAUCAGGAGGUGCAGGAAGGAUCGAAGAAAGAGGAUGAAGGGUCCGCCAGGAACACGUUUGGGGGGGUGAAAUGGGGGUGGAUAGGUUUACGAUGAUGGUCGGUACGGAGACGAAUGCGAAUGCGAAUACCCCCAAGGUAGUUCUAUCUGAACAACCUUCGAGGAGAGUUUCCAAGUCUCCAUCGCGAUCGCAUUCCCCUCUUCCAUCUCUUCCUCCUUCAGUACCCGCACAAGAGCCGGCAACGGUGAUGAAUGCAGGUGGGUCUAAACUCGUUACGAGAGCUCCUACCUCAAGAGAACAGAUGGAUUGCAGAGUCAUCCUUGCGCUAGACGUUCAGCUCUCGACGUUCCAUUUAAUGGACCAUAUAGAGUGGGACCUAUCUCCUCUCCCCUCCUCCCCCUCCCCAUCAUACCCUCUCCCAUCCUCCUUUCCUCCACAAUCCCCAAACCCACCCCACGUUACACCCGAACUUUUUGCGAAGACUUUAGCCGCGGAUUUAGGACUUGGCGGAGAAGCAGUUCCGCUCAUUGCCCAUGCGAUACACGAGGAAAUAUUAAAGCACAAGAAGGAUGCGAUCGAGUGGGGGGUGUUGGUUCCUGGCUCAGGAGUGUGGGUGGUGGUGGAAGUGGGGGAGGGAGAGGACAGAGAGGACCGAAGCCCUUGAGGGGGAUAUGGAGGGAGUGGAGUGAGGUGGGUGAGUUUGGGCCUAGGUUGGAGGUAAUUAGUCAGGAGGAAAUGGAGAGGAGGGAGGUCGAGAGGGAGAGGAUUGCUAGACGCUUACGAAGGGAGACGGCGAGGUUUGUUAAGAGCGCGAGUGGACGGCGGAGGCGAUAAAGGUGCGUUGGCAGUACUAGGGUGGGCUGCUGGUGUGUGUGGUAGUAUAUUCCGACGUGUGUGCUGUAGACUGGAGCCGUUUAUUGAAUCUGUCUUCAAGCCUGCGGCGUUCGUAUC